AUGACCUCUACCUCUUCUGCUUCGUCUCUCGCGACAUCGUUCGCAGGCGCAUUUCUGACCUCUUUUCUCGCGAUAAAGCUGUACCGACGCGUGCGAAUGAAAGAAGAGAGAACGUUCCCGUUGUUAAGCUGGGGGACAUCGAACGAGAGGAAACUGAACGAAUCUUCGGUCGCGUUUCAACAAACGAGAGACCGAUUCGACGACGUCGGGGGGAGAACAACAACAACGUCCUCGAGUAGUAGUUCUUCUGCUCCUACGAAUACUCGAAGUGAUUUAGAAGCUAUCGCGGGAUUUGAAGCGGCGGCGGCGUACGCGGCGACGCGCAUCGCCGAAGGCGCCGUGCCGGAAGAUUGCAUCUUAGAACUCUACGGCAUUUAUAAACAGGCGACGAAAGGCGAUUGCGACGUGAAGGUACGACCGACUCGAUUGGAUAUCAAAGGGUACGCGAAGUUUACCGAGUGGAUGAAACAUAAAGGGAUGACGAAAGUGGACGCGUGCAGGAUGUACGUGAGAGUUUUGGAAAGUCGACUGGACGAUUUGGAGCUGUUGCCGAGUCCGAAGAAGAAGUCUAAUACUACGAACGGCGGUGGCGGCGGGGCGUUUGGGAGGAGUCAAUCGACGAUGAGGAGAUUAGAAGGAGAGGAUGGGAAAGAAGAAGAGCGGGAAGAGGAAACGAGCUUGCUUAAAGCCGCGAAGGAGGGUGAUUUUGAUAAGUUGCUGAAAUGUUUACGAGCCGGAGCGGACGCGAAUCAACGGGACGCGAAAGGGAGAACACCCCUAAUGUUUGCCGCCGAUACCGGCGACGUGGCGAUUACGAUUCAGCUAAUGCAAUUGGAUGCGGACAUAGGGGCGGUAGAUGAUAAAGGGAAGACGGCGUUGCAUUACGCGACGAUUUGCGAGCAAGUAGACGUGGCGGAAGUUUUGCUGGAAGCUGGGGCGGAUCCGGAGGUGAGGGACGCAAACGGCUCGUCGGCGAGCGAUUUAGGCGUAUACGAAUUAGUUAAGAAGAAGGCGAACGGUGAAUUAGUAUCGGUAGAUAAUAGAGAAGAUGAAAGGAUAGAAGAAGAGGAGGAAGAGGAGGAGGAUUUCGACUUGGAGGAAAUUGAGCGUCAAGCUUUGGAGAAAAUGGCAGAAAAAGAAAAUUCAAUCGCUUGA